AACCGGAACUUGUUAGCAAGAGCCGGAAGUCAAGGAGCCAGGCAUGCUGGGAAGAGGGGGCGGGCCAGAACUACCAGACUUCCGGCACUGGGGCUGUCAUCCUCUAGCUCAUGGAGUUUUGCUUCCGAGGUCGGCGAUCCUAGCACGCGAGUGCUGCUCAAUUUAUUACUGAGGGCGUUUCGGGGCUUGUAGCUAGGGAGGCCGGGCUGGGUGUUGGGGCGCGCCGUCGGCAGGGCACCUGAGGCCUUGGGGAGUGGGAGGAACAGCUUUCCAAGCAUCAUGCCCUUAGAGGGAAGGGCCAGGAAGGGAGAAUGCAGUGGAACGGAGAACCAAGUGAAGGUUGAGGCUGUAGGGAGGUAAUGAGAGGAGAACCGAUUCAGAGGAAGGGGCGGCCCAGUGAAGCAGGAGGGCCUGGAGCUUGGAGAGCUCGUGAGAGGACGGGGCUCCACAGGAAAAGGGCUAUGGAAGGGGAAGGGUUCUGUGCCCAGCAUGGGGGCUGGCAUAGGACACGUGCUUAGUAAGUGCUUCUCCAUUUUUUGAUUGAUGGUAGGCUUCCUUGGCUGAGGAACUACAGGUAGUCUCACCCAGGUAGUAUUGCCCCUUUUUUCCCUCUCUAGGAGCCAGGCUGUAAUGCAGUUCUUUCCCCAAAGUGGGUCCUUCUGGCGGGUCCUGCUGACCUUUCGGUGGCCUGUAAUAUGGCUGGGAUACAGAGGCUUCCCCUGGGGGUCUUUCCUUGGCCCUCCCCAUCGGCCCUAUCGGAAGGAGGUUCUUCCAGCCCCUGAAGCCCCAGUGGUGCUUGUCACUGCCACUGAGAUAAGGCAGUACCUUCGAGCCCAGGGUAUCCCCUUCCAGGAUGGGCACAGCUGCCUGCGUACACCCAGCCCCUUCCUGAGCCCAGUGGGCUCUGAGGCAGAGAACUGGACUGAGGGGAGCCCCCAUAGUCUUUUCAUAGACAAGACCACAGGCCAUUUCCUCUGUACUGGCAGCUUGGCCGAGGGCAACUGGGAGGACUUCCAGGCAUCUGUGGAGGGUGGUGCUGCUGGGUCCUGGGUGAGUGAGGGUAAAGGAAAUGAAGCUCUAGGCAACCAGAAUGAAGACGUACUGAGGAUCUGGGAGCGAGCAGUGCCACUGGCCGAACUGCCUGAACAAGAAGACAUUCAGAUGACCCGAGCAAUGUUCAACCUGGCCAAGGUGUCUGAUGCCACCCUGAAGCGAUUCCAAGUUCGAUAUCUUCGAGCUGCCAGAAGUUUGGUGUUUCCAUGGUUCUCCCCUGGGGGUUUGAGUCUCCGGGGAUUGAAGCUGCUGAAGGCAGAAGGCAAAGGGGAUGGUGUCUGCUAUUUGGAGACCACCCUGCCUCGACCCAGUGCCUACCAUAACCUAUUUGGGCUGCCAUUGAUUAGCCGGAGGGAUGUAGAGGUGGUGUUGACAGGGCGGGAGUUGGAUAGCCUGGCUUUACAUCAGGCCACAGGGUUGCCCACUCUAGCAUUACCCCGAGGAUUAGCCUGUUUGCCUCCUACUCUACUCCCUUACCUGGAACAAUUCCGACGAAUUGUGUUAUGGCUGGGUGAUGACUUACGGGCUUGGGAAGCUGCCAAAUUGUUUGCCCGAAAACUGAACCCCAAACGAUGCUCCUUGGUUCGGCCAGGAGACCAGCAUCCCCGCCCUCUGGAAGCUCUGACUCAAGGCUUAAAUUUGCAAAAAAUACUAAAAGGAGCUCUGCCUGCUGGCCACAAGUCUAUAGUGUCUUUCCGGCAACUGAGGGAAGAAGUCCUAGGAGAACUAUCUAAUGUGGAACAAGUGGCUGGAGUGCGCUGGGGACGCUACCCUGACCUCAACCGACUUUUGAAAGGCCAUCGAAAGGGUGAACUAACUGUCUUCACAGGACCAACAGGCAGUGGGAAGACAACAUUCAUCAGUGAAUAUGCAUUGGACCUGUGUACACAGGGUGUGAAUACACUGUGGGGUAGCUUUGAAAUCAGCAAUGUGCGACUGGCCAGGAUCAUGCUGACCCAAUUUGUCAUGGGGCGUCUAGAGGAAAAGCUGGAAGAGUAUGACAAGUGGGCUGACCGCUUUGAAGACUUGGCACUAUAUUUUAUGACCUUUCAUGGACAGCAGAAUAUCAGGACUGUGAUAGACACAAUGAAACAUGCUGUUUAUGUCUAUGAUAUCUGCCAUGUGAUCAUUGACAACUUGCAGUUCAUGAUGGGGCAAGAGCAACUAUCUUCAGACAGAAUUGCAGUCCAGGACUACAUUGUAGGAGCCUUCCGAAAGUUUGCCACCGACAAUAGCUGCCACGUGACCCUGGUCAUUCACCCCCGGAAAGAAGAUGGUGACAAAGAACUGCAAACAGCAUCCAUUUUUGGUUCAGCCAAGGCCAGCCAGGAAGCUGACAAUGUGUUGAUCCUUCAGGACAAGAAGCUGGCAACAGGUCCAGGAAAACGCUACCUACAGGUGGCUAAGAACCGCUUUGAUGGAGAUGUAGGUGUCUUCCCCCUGGAAUUCAAUAAGAGCUCACUGACAUUUUCACCCCCAGCCAAGGGCAAGUCUCGCCUCAAGAAGGUCAAAGAUGAGAAUGAACUAGACCCCAAAAAGCCCCCUUCCAGUAAAGGGAGAGAAGCAUCUGGCAGGCAGAAGGACAAAGCCCAGCCCCCUCUCUCCUGAUCACCGUGUGGAGUAUGUGUUCAAGGAGUUCCCCACACCCCUUGGGGGGAAGAACCAGUUUUGAAUGGGACCUUGCCUGUAUGGGAGUUGAUGAGUGGGGAUGCCCCAUCAUAUGCCUUGGUAUGGAAACCAAGGUGGGUGACAUCCCUGAAGAGAGCUGAGUAACGGGGCUUUUUUCUAGGGAAAUAAACAUUUUUGUCACAUUUUUAUACCUUAAAAUUUUUUGUUUAGCUCUGUCUUACCACAUAUGACCACCAGGUGUCAGUGGUGUCCCCCAGCACCAUGAUGCCAGUGUCUCUUGUCUCCGUUUCUUAUUUUUAGGAUAAAGAAUAAAGAUGGCUAACCACUCUA